ACGAGUUCCAGGAGUGAUCAUGGGGAGAUGAGGAAGAAUAACAGUGGUUAACCUGCAGCCGCCGCUGCAACUAUUAAUGAAGUGAGUUUUUCCACCGUUUGAGCGGCGACCUAGCGGGGCCACCAUGGCGAACAUCACCAAGAAAGUGUCGUGGUCCAGCCGAGCCGACGAGUCCGCGGCGGCAGGGGAGGCAACACCGCUGCUCAACGGCUCCGAGCAGCCGCAGCACUCCAGACAGCUGUCUGGAGGAGGCAGUAUAUUUCAGAUAGGCAGACUCAGCACGGUGGAUUUGGAAGAGGAGAUAACGUCAGAGGAGGACUCUCUUAGGGGGCGGCCCAAAGAGAUCCCACACAAUGAGAAGCUGCUAUCACUUAAAUAUGAGAGUCUGGACUAUGAUAACAUUGAAAACCAGCUGUUUCUUGAAGAGGAGAGGAGGAUGAGUUAUAUGGGUUUCCGCUGUCUGGAGAUCAGUCGCUGGGUGGUCUGCGGUCUGAUUGGCUUUCUCACUGGCCUCAUCGCCUGCUUCAUCGACAUUGUGGUGGAGCAGUUGGCUGGGAUCAAAUACCAAGUGGUUAAAGAAAACAUAGAAAAGUUUACGGAGGCGGGUGGACUGUCCAUCUCUCUGAUCCUCUGGGCCGUCCUCAACUUCACCUUCGUCAUGGUGGGAGCUAUCAUAGUUGCUUUUUUUGAGCCCAUAGCAGCAGGAAGUGGUAUUCCUCAGAUAAAAUGUUACCUAAAUGGAGUCAAGAUUCCCAGGGUUGUACGACUCAAGACACUGGUGAUUAAAGUGUGUGGUGUUAUCUGUUCGGUGGUUGGCGGUCUUGCUGUCGGGAAGGAAGGUCCCAUGAUUCACUCUGGUGCCGUUGUAGCUGCAGGAGUCUCCCAGGGCAGGAGCACCUCUUUAAAGAGAGACUUUAAGAUCUUUGAAUACUUCCGGAGAGACACAGAAAAAAGGGACUUUGUUUCUGCUGGAGCUGCUGCUGGAGUUUCUGCUGCUUUUGGAGCACCAGUUGGCGGUGUUUUGUUCUCUCUGGAGGAGGGAGCUUCCUUCUGGAACCAGAUGCUGACAUGGAGGAUAUUCUUUGCCUCCAUGAUCUCCACCUUCACUCUGAACUUCUUCCUCAGUAUCUAUCACGCAAAUCCAGGUGACCUUUCCAACCCAGGUCUCAUCAACUUUGGACGCUUUGAAGGCGACAGUGUGACCUACAACCUCUAUGAAAUCCCCUUGUUCAUCGCUAUGGGAGCUAUAGGUGGAUUGUUAGGAGCACUCUUCAAUGUUCUCAACUACUGGCUGACCAUCUUCAGGAUUAGAUACGUUCAUCGGCCGUGCUUGCAAGUGAUGGAGGCCAUGCUGGUUGCUGCGGUGACCGCAACGGUGUCAUUCACUAUGAUCUACUUCUCCAAUGACUGUCAGCCUCUGGGGCCAGAAAGCACUGAGGAGUAUCCACUGCAGUUGUUCUGUGCAGAUGGGGAAUAUAACUCCAUGGCAACAGCCUUCUUCAACACUCCAGAGAGAAGCGUUCGUAGUCUCUUCCACAAUCAGCCAGGAACCUACAAUCCUCUGACGCUGGGUUUGUUCACUCUGACCUACUUCUUCCUGGCGUGUUGGACCUAUGGCCUGGCCGUCUCUGCUGGAGUCUUCAUCCCAUCUCUUCUGAUAGGAGCAGCCUGGGGGAGGCUCUGUGGGAUCCUGCUGGCCUCCAUCACCUCCACCAGCUCCGUUGGUGCACAACACAGCAGCACGAUCUGGGCUGACCCUGGGAAAUAUGCCUUAAUUGGAGCUGCGGCUCAGUUGGGUGGCAUCGUGAGAAUGACUCUCAGUUUGACUGUCAUCAUGGUGGAGGCAACAGGAAAUGUCACAUACGGCCUUCCCAUCAUGCUCGUCCUCAUGACUGCCAAGAUAGUAGGAGAUUACUUUGAAGAGGGCUUGUAUGACAUUCACAUCAAGCUACAGAGUGUUCCCUUCCUGCACUGGGAGGCUCCUGCCACCUCCCACUGGCUGACUGCCAGAGAGGUGAUGAGUUCUCCAGUCACCUGUUUGAACAGGAUAGAGAAGGUGGGAACCAUCGUCGACAUCCUUAGCAACACAUCAACCAAUCACAACGGCUUCCCUGUCGUCGUGCAGGUUCCUGGGAGCGAUGAGCCAGCGAAACUCUGUGGCCUCAUCCUUCGUUCUCAGCUCAUUGUUCUUCUCAAGCACAAGGUUUUUGUCGAGCUAGCCCGAUCCCGGUUGACCCGGAGGAAACUCCAGCUAAAAGACUUCAGAGACGCCUACCCUCGAUUCCCCCCGAUCCAGAGCAUCCACGUCUCCCAGGAUGAGAGGGAGUGUAUGAUGGACCUCACUGAGUUUAUGAACCCAACGCCUUACACAGUACCACAGGAAACGUCUUUGCCUCGUGUGUUUAAGUUGUUCCGAGCUCUGGGGCUCAGACACCUGGUGGUAGUCGAUGAUGAGAACAGGGUGGUUGGACUGGUGACCAGGAAAGACUUGGCCAGAUAUCACCUGGGCAAACAUGGACUGGAGGAGCUUCAGCUGGCCCAGACAUAGUACACAGACACACACAAACACACACAUAUAGACUAUGGCCACCUAUUGCCUCAGAAGCUGUUGACCACCAGCUAUGCAGCCCACAAGGAGGUCUCUCUCUUUUCUUUAAAUAUUUAUUAAAAAUAACUGCCCUUCUAAUAAAUCUGACUGAAAUUCCUCUGAUGUGUUAUUUGUCCAAGACUUUUAUAAUUAUUCACCAGUUUAUCAUGAAGCAACAAACAAUACUUUAUUAGAUUUUUUUUUUCUUUUGGCUGUGUCUUUCACUUUUACUGUAUUUUAUCUGGAACAGUGAAGUCAGAAUGAAAGGAUCACUUAACAUUUCAACCAGGCUUACCAACAGUUUGAUCUGCUGGUAAACGGAGAACUUUCUGCUUUGUUUUGUUCACAAAAACCUUGACACAUACACUACCGUUCAAAAGUUUAGGGUCACUUAGAAAUGUCCUUAUCUUUGAAAGAAAAUCAGUUUUUUUAUUUUUUUCAAUGAAGAUAACAUUAAAUUAAUCAGAAAUCCAGUGUAGACAUUGUUAAUGUGGUAAAUGACUGUUCUAGCUGGAAAUGGUUGAUUUUUAAUGGAAUAUCUCCAUAGGGGUACAGAGGAACAUUUCCAGCAACCAUCACUCCUGUGUUCUAAUGCUACAUUGUGUUAGCUAAUGGUGUUGAAAGGCUAAUUGAUGAUUAGAAAACCCUUGUGUAGUUAUGUUAGCACAUGGAUAAAAGUGUGAGUUUUCAUGGAAAACAUGAAAUUGCCUGAGUGACCCCAAACUGUUAAACGGUAGUGUCUGUUGUUGGUCCUGUUGUGCCUCCUCACCAUCAUUUUAACAGUUUGUAUGAAGUUUUGGAGAUACUAUGGUAAUGCAGUGACACAUGAAUAACAGACUAAAGGUCCAAUGUGAAGGAUUCAAGGGAUUUCUAUGAGCAGAAGUGAAUUAUGUUUUCAUCAGUGUAUAAUGACCUGAUAAUAGGAAUGGCCAUGUUUCUACUGUAACUCAGAGUGGACCAAAAAAAAAAAAAACACUGGCUCCAGCAAGAGUUUUUUUGAGGUUGUCCACUGUAGGUUCUUCUACAUGCUUAGAGGCAGACUGUGAGUCGAGAGGUAUUCAGUUCAGUAGAUGCAACUAAAUCCUGCACACCGGACCUUCUAAUUACAUUUUAAAAUGGGUGAGAUUGGUGCUUUUCAUGUUUUGCUAUUGAACAACAUGAGACAUUUAAAGGGGUUGGCUCUCAUAAACAGAUGUUUAGUGGGUGUUCAUAUUAAAGAGUUGGUUUGUAUCACAUUCAGUGAACAAAUCAGGUUUGCCAUGUUUGUGUAGUUUUGCACUGAACGAAUGCUCUUAUUUAUUGUUGAUGUUGAAUGCUUGUUUUAAUUUAAAGUGUAUGGAUUGGGCUGAUGUGUGGUCAAAAUUUAGGUUUUAUGCCCCAUUACUAAGCAAAAGAGUUCCUGUUUGUUUUUGGGUAAAAGCGAGAAAAUUGAUUGUCUACCCAGAGACAAAGGCAGAUCCUUCCUCCCUCUCUGUCAGUUUUAUUAUAUAUAAAUAUUUGUACUACAGUCGGUACAUACCAGACUGCUACUCAAAAAUAUGAACGUUUUUUUAAUCACCUUCAAAGUUUUGCACUUUGACCUGCUACUGAAAAGUCUCUGUUUGUUGAGAUGUACCCACAAGUGUCCCUCAUGAAGCUCUAUAUGAAUGUAAACUGUUGUUCACCACAUUUGUUCUGUUCAAACGAAUCAGUUUACCUUAGCUUUUCCCUGGCAGGGACACUAAUUAAUUCUUCAGUUGGUUUGUAAAUCUAACAUUUCUUCAAUUCUCAGUGUUAAUUUUUUGUGCAUUUCUUUGGUUUUACAUUUUGAUUUUGUUCCCCGUUUGGUCUUUGUUUCGUUGUACAGUUCUACGUGGAAAAAUGUCAACUUGUCUCUAUUUUUUAACCACUGGAUAAACUUUUUGUGAAUUAAUAAAGUUGAAAUGUCUCUA